ACUUUUCGGGAUCCUACCAGUGCCCACGAGAAGGCCACGGACAGAACAGAGACUAGUUUCCGUGAGAGGGGACAGAUUAUGGGAAACAUCAUGACCUGGUAUCUAGCGCACCCCCAGGAUGAGCAGAGCCCCCAGCGGAGCACCUCGGGGUACCCCCUCCAGGAGGUGGUGGAUGAUAAAGUGUCGGGACCAUCAGCCCCUGGGGUAGAUCACAGCCCCCCAGGUAGGUCCCUUUGCCGGAAAAGGAAGAAGGAGUGGUCGGACGAAUCUGAGGAGUCGUCAGAGGAGUCACAGAAGGAACUCAAGCGACAGCGAGUGUUGCUCGUGCUCCCUGAGCACCACGAGGCCUUCAACAGGCUGCUCGAGGAUCCUGUCAUUAAAAGAUUCCUGGCCUGGGACAAAGAUCUGAGGGUGUCAGACAAGUACCUCCUGGCUAUGGUCAUAGCGUAUUUUAGGCGGGCCGGCCUCCGGCUCCUGGCAAUACAACGCAUUCAUUUCUUCCUGGCCUCUGUGGAGUGGUUUGCUACCUCCUAUCCGUCAAUAUCUAAUGCCCUGGGACAGCCGGGGAAGUGGGAUUCCAGCCUUCAUUUAUUCUUUCACCUAUUUGUCCUCUUUACUCUGUGUAUAAAAAACAGGAUUAUAGCAUCUUAG